AUGACCGAGCUUCUGAGCUGUGGUCUGUAUAAAAAUGCUAAAGAAAGACCCACAGAUCGAAUGUGUCGCAAACUGACCAGUACGUUACUGGCACUAAAGAAAGACAAAGUUCUAGAUGAGGCUACAUACAAAAAGAUAAAGCCCACACAGAAACAGCCACCUAGAAUUUACGGGUUGCCCAAAAUACACAAACCCGGGAUACCUCUCAGACCAAUAGUUUCAUGCAUAGGUUCAUUUGCCUAUAACCUAUCAAAGUACCUGGCGGACAUCCUGUCCCCUCUCACUAACUGCUCAGAACACACGGUUUCCAACUCCAGUGAAUUCGCUGAAUUCACAUCGAAGCAGACAAUUAACGAACAAGAAUCCAUGAUCUCUUUUGAUGUAGUCUCCCUCUUCAAUAACGUACCGAUAGAGGGCGCAUGCAGUACGGCCCUGCAACGCAUGCAAUCCGACCCCACAUUAUCAGAACGUACCACACUUAUGCCUGAACAAAUAGCCGAUCUCCUCAAGUUCGUCCUCAGAUCCACAUAUUUUCUGUACAGAGGCUCUUUCUAUGAGCAAACAGAAGGAGCAGCAAUGGGUAGCCCAGUCUCAGCGGUUGUGGCUAACCUAUAUAUGGAAGGUUUUGAACAGAACGCUUUGCCCAAGUGUCCUUCCACAUGCCGCCCACGGGUGUGGAAGAGAUACGUCGAUGACACUUUCAUAAUUGUAAAUAAUUCCGAAGCAGACAGCCUACUCGCAUACAUGAACAGCCAGCAACCGUCCAUCCAGUUCACUCUGGAGACUGAACAAGGAGGGAAAUUAGCAUUCCUUGAUAUGCUAGUCCAAAGACACGAGGGCGGGAAACUUUCCACCUCUGUCUACCGCAAGCCCACUCAUACAGACCUAUACAUACCAUAUGAUUCUCAUCACGACAAAUCGGUCAAGAAGGGUCUUGUUAAAUGCCUGUUCGACAGAGCAGCACGUAUUAUAACUCACCCGCCUGAACUCCCGAAAGAAAGAGCACACAUACGUGUCCCCUUAUACAGCAACGGCUACCCACGCCGUUUUAUCAAGAACACUUUCAAGAAAAAACAACCACCAAGGGAUCAGAAGGUUUUCAAAAACAUAGAUGGCCUUUCACAACAACUUAAACGCCGAUUAGAAGGUCACGGUAUCCGAACGGUUUUCCGCUCGGACACCACCAUACACAAACAGCUUGUACACCCCAAAGACCCUAUCCCUGAUCACAGACGUGAUGGCGUAGUAUACAACAUUCCUUGCCAGGGAUGUGACGGGUCUUACAUCGGAGAGACAGCCUGA